AUGGCGGACGAGGAGAUGCAAUAUGCAUUUUGCGCUCUCUGUCGGAAAAAUCACAACCAAGGAAGAAAGCAUAUUUAUUCUAAAAAGCAUAAAACCAAAUUAGAUAAUAUCCUGCUGAAGUUUGGUAAAAAAGYAGAUGAAGUCAAAAAGUAUCUGAGAAAGCCAUGUGUUGAAGAUGGAGAGCUAGAACCAGGAGCUACGUUUUGGUGUCAUUUCUGCCAGGAAAACAAAAGCAAACAUGUCUCUGAUAGUGAAAUAUCCAUCUAUUAUGGUGGUGUCUUUGAACAUUUUGCAAGUCAAGAGCAUCACAAGAACUUGCAUAGAUUUUGGAGGGAGCAUGGUGCAGAAAAAGACAAGAAAAAUAAAUUUUUGAUUGACAAGGAUCAGUAUGCAAGUUUUAAGGAUGGUGUUGACAAAGYGCUAAAAGAACAUGAAGCCAUUAUGGAAAACAAACAUCAAAGGGAGAGGGAAAGAAUAAAAGAAAUGGAGGUGAAACAAAACCUUGCAAGCUUACAGCCACCAGAGAUACAAUCCCAGCAUAUUGUUUAUAAAACUGUAAAGAAUGAAUAUGGAAUCCUGCAGAAUCCUACUGGAUGGCAUGAGGGUUGCAGAGUWUGGGGAGGUGGAAUCUUCAAGUAUAGACAAGAUUCUGAUCAAUGGUUUCCCUGGAAAAUGGAUUUAGAUGAUGGACUUCCAGGAUCAAGUAGUGUCUCUAUGGGCAGCCACCURUCAAGUGGUUUUCAGACAGAUACUGCAUACAGUGAAGAAUUGACUUGUAUCAAACCACCUGAACUAAAGCCUGGAGAAGGCAAUGUACACACAGGUGCUACACCACCAUGGCUCAGAGAUGAUGCAGAUGAGRGUAAUGAUAUGACAGUCACAAAGAAAGAAAUUGGCCCCUCAAUAGAUGAUUUCAAGAAACAUGUAAAAAGRGUGAAAAAGGCUGCACAAAAUCCUAACAGAGUUGGAGCAAACUUUGACAGAGAAAAGGAAACUAAUGAUGACUGGUUGCCAUCAUUUGGAAGAGUGUGGAACCAAGGGCCUCGAUGGCAGUCAAGGCAUGAGUACAGAAGUGAAAGUGGAAAGAAGAAGCGCCAAUAAACUAUAAAUAUAUGAUUUUGUAAAUAGAAUAAUUAAGUUAUUUUGUGAAUAAACAGAGUUACUAGAAGAUAA